AUGUCUCCGCAACAGAAAGCUCUUAUUCUUCUCGAAAAGCAGGGCAACUUUAAGGUUGGCUCACGCAGCAUACCCACCCCUGGUACCGGGCAACUCCUGGUUAAAGUUUACUCUGCUGCCCUGAACCCGGUUGACUACAAGAUACAGGUCGACGGGAUAUUCGUGACCCAUUACCCUGCCGUUCUUGGCGUGGAUAUUGCUGGCAUUGUCGAGGAACUAGGAGAAGGUGUUGAGAAUUUCCGCGAAGGCGAUAAAGUAUUGGCGCAUGGAAAUUUCUAUAUGAUUGACCAGGGUGCGUUUCAGCAGUACACACUAGCCGUUGCGACGUUUACUGCCAAAAUUCCUUCAAGUCAAUCUUUCGAUAGCGCAGCUACCGUUCCUCUGGGGGUGGAUACUGCAGUAGCGGGCUUGUACGGAAAACACCUUGGAGCUGGGAUAACCCCUCCUUGGGCGAAGAUUGUCAACGAUCAUGAGCCCAAGAAACCCAUCGUCAUCCUAGGCGGUUCUUCCUCUGUGGGUUCAUACACCAUUCAACUUGCUCGUCUUUCAGGGUUUUAUCCUAUCAUCACUACAGCAUCCCCUAGCAACGAAGACCUUGUCAAGGAUUAUGGGGCAACCCACUUUUUUGACCGGCACCUUUCCGCCAGCCAGCUGAUGGUGGCCAUCAACAAAGUAACCGACAGUCCUAUCAGGAUUGUUUAUGACGCUAUCUCGCUGCCAGAAACACAGUCCGUUGGAUGGGGAUUACUAGCGCAAAACGGGAUCCUCGUAUUAACCCUUCCUGCAUUAGUCAAGGAAGAUGAAGGCAAGGGGCGCAAGGCCGUUCACACCAUCGGGAGCCCACAUCUGCCACAUAAUAAUCAAGAACUGUUCCGCAGCUCUUGGGGUAUGAUCGAAAAGUGGCUCUUAGAGGGUAUUAUUCAGCCGAACAACCGUGAAAUCCUUCCGAAUGGGCUCGAAGGUAUUAUUGGAGGGCUGGAAAGGAUGAGAAUGGAACAGGUGUCUGGAACGAAGUUGGUCGCUCACCCUCAGGAAACAAAGUAA